AUGUCCUCGAAGGAAAUAGACACUCUCAAAGCAACGAUAAAUGACGCCCAUGAUCCAAUGUUCCGGAUAUUUUCGCCCGAGCUUGUCUCGUUGAUCUUCACAUUUUCUGUGCACGAAGGCGAAGAAGCGCAAAUUCCUGAACAACGAGGAUGUCGCCGUCGCCUCCGGCAAAAUGGGCCGCGCAUGCCGAUCGUCUUGAGUGCGGUUUGUAGGAGAUGGAGAGACAUUUCCUUCUCGACACCGCAGCUUUGGACAUCUAUCUUUAUCAAGUUUGACGAGGCCGACUCCGCUCCUACUCAACAGGCGCGAGCCAAUUUUGUGCAGGAAUGGCUCAGCCGCUCCGGCCAGCUUCCCCUCUCCAUUGCCAUCGCCUUCGACACCAUCGUAGUCUCCGGACGAUCCAAGCUGGACUCCGAGAGCAUGUUCUAUCCCAUCGUCGAGAUUAUUAACAAGUGCUCCAGCCGGUGGAGGACGCUCGACGUACAGGUUCCCGGUUCCCUCCUGCCACGCAUCCGCGGGAAUUCCACGGGGCGAUCUAUUCUUGAAGACAUCCGCAUUAUACGUACAGAUUGGCCGUUGUACACCGAGUCACUGAAGAGGUUUAGACUAGAGUGUGUCAAGCCUAGUCCAACCCGCGUGGCGAUGAGCAGGCUGGACCUACGUUCGUUAGGGAUUCUGUGGGACAAUGUAACACACCUCGACGCGAUGGGACUUAACCUUGCAGACUGUGUCAAGGUACUCCAAAAGGCGCCUCGGAUGACCCAUUGGAGACUAGAUUAUAUCCCGGACAUUGAAGACGUCGACAACGCCGCUGAUGGAUGUAAAACCUUAAUUAUACACCAUUCACUCCAAUCGUUGGACCUGUGGUAUAUCACAUAUCCUCAGCUUCUCCUCGACCAACUCACAUUACCUUCUCUUCGGCAUCUUCGAUAUCAUUGUUCCUCGUUUCCGACGUCGCUCUCUAGCCUCAAAUUGCUUUUGGAACGCUCAUCCUCCCUGUUACUCACCCUCGAGAUCGACCUUGCGGUAGAUGGGAAUAAAGACCACCAGGAUUGUAUCGACCUCCUGCGUUCAGUCCCAACGGUGCGAGAUCUGAAACUUAACAGCACACAGAAUAUGGACACCUUCUUCGAUCUCCUAGGGCGGACUUCGAUGCCUCAUACGCUGCAAGAAAAAGAUCGAUUUCUUCCUCACCUUCGACGCUUGUCCUUCACCGGCGAGCGCCUAUUUAAGUGGUCGAAAAUCCUCGAUGCCUUCCCGUGUGGCAAUCAGCUCGACCACUCGUCUCGUCGCCCGCUCUCCUCAUUGAGCAUCACGAUAUGUGCGGAACGGCAAGAUAGCCGCUCCGACGAUUGCAUUGACGAGUCCCUCCUUCCUCGGCUUUUCGAGCUCAUGGAACACAAUAUUCAUAUUUCGAUCAAAGGACAGGAUGAUGAGGACUGGAUCGAGCGUUCUGCUUGUUAUCAUAAAGAACUGAAGGAUGUUACGCUAUGA